UCGACUCCCGACUGAAGUCAGUGCUGGUGAGAGUGUGCGAGGGUUAACACGCGCUGCUGGUGCUGUUGGGUGUUCACACGCGCGGGAGAUGAGUAGGGCUAGUGCACGAGGCCAGCCAGCAUGACAAGUGCACCGCAUUGGCCAGUUCUUCUGGCCUUAGCUAUCCUGGUGGCUAUUGCCACUGUAUGCACAUUAUGGGCCAUAGUGGCCACUCCUGGCCGCUCUUCUAGUCACUUGACCCUAGUGAAUAGGGCUGAGGACGCUGCUUCAAGUGGAACACCGAGAGCCCAAGCGUGGACGUCGGGCGAAGGUGUGGAGCGGGUGUGGGUGAGGGCUGAACCCACUGCCUACACGCCUGCCCAGGACAGUAGUGGGCGUAACGGCGGGCGGGUGUACAGGUGGGAGGCGUUGGAUAGGGAGUGGGCGGUGAGGGUGUGGGAGGACGCUGGGUUCCUGGCGCCAUCUAUGCUGAUGCGACAAGAAUCCGCCUACGAGGCCAGGGUGACCCCGCCCACACUCCAUGCCCGCUGCUUCCACACGGGCGUCCUCCUUGGUGCCAACGAUUCAGCCGUGGCUAUCAACGUCUGCACAGGACUGGGACAAAUUGCUGCUCAUUUGUUGGCUAUAAUCUGA